GCCGCAUACUGUCGGUACCAGCGCUGGAUCAGCACCGCAGCCUUAAUUGCUUUCAAGAGAACACGACUGAGGACUCUUGCGUGGAAUUCUCGCAAAGCGCAUGCGCACUCGAGUCCACAAGCGUGAAAGUUAUAUCAGCAGCUGUUUGACAGCAGAGAGCGCAUGCAUGUGUUUACUGUUGCGUUGCCACCCACACCGUCAGGAGCGAUUUUAGACAGCAAGGUUCUGUCCAGAUAAAUCAUGAAGAUCGCUGUUCUUGGCGCGACUGGUCAGACCGGGCAGCAGCUGGUCAAUCAGGCUCUUCAGCAAGGACACUGCGUCACGGCCGUCGUCAGAACCCCGGGAAAACUGACGCUGACGCACGAGAACCUCAAGGUGGUUGAAGCAGACAUUUUCUCAGAAGACUGCCUGAAACCGCACUUCAAAGGUCAGGAUGCUGUGUUGUCCUGUCUUGGCUUUCCAAUCUCAUUUUUUUACGGAGUCACUGGCUACACCCAGUCUAUGAAGGCAGCAUUAAAUGCUAUGCGUGAAGUCAAAGUCAAUCGAAUCAUCACCAUGACCUCAUGGUACACUGACCCUGAUUCAGGCUCCAAUUCUUCCUUUCUCAUCCGCUUCAUGUUGCUUCCCAUGAUUAGAAGUGUUUUGAACAACAUGUAUGAAAUGGAAAACUUUCUCAAGCAGACUGACGACAUCAACUGGACUGUUGUCCGUCCUCCUGGUCUGAAGAAUAUGCCAACAACAGCCAACGAGUUCCUCACUCAUGAAGGUUAUUAUGUCCCUGAUGAAAAUGGUCUGCCGGUUGGUCAGUCUGUGUCAAGAGGAGAUGCGGCUCGUUUCAUGCUCUCUGUACUCAGUAACAAUGCUUGGAUGAAGAAAGCUGUUGCUAUCAUCACCAAAUGAGUUUGCACUUCACUUUAUCAUUACUUUUAUAACACUUGCCAAAGAGCUUUUAACAGUUUAAUUCAAUUGAUAAAACAUUUUAACUUACAGUACUUAUUCAGUACAUCUGACUUUGUCACACAUAGCAGUCAGCAAAGACUUUUGUCAACGUUUGUCGUAUACAUACAUUUUCCAUAUACUACUUUCUAAAGGAUUUUAAGGGGUUUCUCAAUACCAAAGAAGGGUUAGCAGAAUUACAAGAAAAUAUAAUUCAUAAAACAUUUUGUUGCCCAUUGUUUGGGACAUUUUGUAAUGUAAAUGGGUAUUGAAAUGAAAAUGAAGAGCAAAGAAAUGA